AUGUCGGCAUUCCAGGGAAAUGUGUCAGCCUCAGACGGUCCAUAUCCAGCCUUAGCUUGCCAGACAUGUGUCUUCCCAGUCUACCAAAGCGUGAAUGGGCUUGACACCACCAAAAUACUUCAUCUGGAGCUAUCGAACAAGUGGAUAUACUUCCUAGGGGACUCCACGACCAGACAGCUGCACGAGCAAUUCCUGGCCUACUUGGACGAGCCGCAGACUUUUGUGUACCCUGGCGAGGAAGGUGAGGGACCACCGCUACAUGACUGGGUCAAGCAACCAGGGCGCUGUGAUUAUGUACCACCACCAUAUGACGACACACAGUGUCAGCAGAACCAGCAGAGAUGCGGCAGCCUGUAUACUAAGUCCCGUUUGGGCAGCAACGUGCGCGUCACGUAUGACUGGAAGCACUUCAUGUAUGAGGACUACGACCGGGCCCUGUUCAACAGCUUUGCUGCAAACAGCACGCCCAAUAUCAUUGUGACUAGCCCGGGCACACAUGACUGCAUGCACUACCCAGCCGAGUACUACCACCAUGGCUUGCAGAUGAAGCGAUAUGCAGAGCAUCUGCACUUGCUGAACACUACCGUGGUGUGGGUUGACACCACGCCAUUCUCAACAUCCUACGCCACUGGGCUUGGAGCAACGUCAGAUGUGUCCACACUGAGCUGUGUUGAUCACAUCAACCAGGUUGCAUAUGACCUUGCACGGGAGCUGGGAUUCUACCUAUUUAGCAGGCAAAGCCUGAUCUUGUCCGGGAACUUCACCGAGAAUGGGGAGUUUCCUCUGCAUCAGUCCACACCUGUCAUGCGGGAGGAGCUGAGCCUGUUACUCUCGUGGCUUGGCUGCAUCCAGCAUGACUCUCGCUUUGCUUCCUUUUAG